CAACCAUCAUCUCCACAGCUCCACACGAUUCCCUCUUCUUGCACGAGAUUACGCAUUGUUCAGUGCUGCAUCAAAUGAUUGCAAGCUUAAAAAUCCCACCCAGAUGCUUUUCCAUCGUGUACAGCACCAACCGGCGUCUGAGGAUGGAAACGUUCUAGUGCUUUAUCAGGGGGAUCACUUUUUCGCUCUACUUUCUGCGUUCGUGCGAAGAUGACUCUCAUCUCGUACCGUUCAGUUGCUGUUCAGAUAUUGUGCGUGCAAGAAACCUUUUCCAAGUUUGUCGUCAUCCUAAUGCACUACUACUACUAUUCACGCUGCCUGACAGUGCUUCUGCUACUAGCAUUAGAAAUAGUUGUGUAAAUGUCACAGAUCAUACGGAAUCGUCGUUACAGUCAAACUACGAGUGAUAGAAUUAACAAAACUGUAUAAUGUAUCCACCGUAACCACAACCGCAAUGUACAACACACGAAAGCCAUCGUUGAUAAUCGUUGCGUUAGGAUUCUAAUAAGAAAACAUGUAGUUUAAACGAUAAUUGCAAUAAAACAAAAACAAAACCCCAAAACAGAACGUUAUCACGGCCGCCCAGAAUUGAUUCGGAAUGGGUGAGCAAUUUUUUUGUGUCGCUACUUACGAUGGGUGCUCCAGUGCGACAGUUUUACUUUCCUACUGUACAGUCGUAACAUAGCUGUGUCGCGAAUCGGAAGUGCGUAGAAUUGGGUGCUGUGUGUGAGUGGAAGUGCAAUGAGAUGUUGAUAAUCGGUUGAUGGAAUGUGCUGUGCUAUUUCUCAAGGGUGCAACCACGAUCAUUGUGUGCGAUUACGGGCGCUUGUGUGAAGCAAACUGUGUGUGAGAGAGAAACAGAAGAAGCGUCACUAUAUUUGGAAGCUAUAAAUAACGGUGUGAUUGUGUAAAAGUGUGAUCUUUACACUUUUGGCUAAAUAAAAGUGAUCGUUCGAUUGCUAGAUCGAUUGUUGUCGAUGAGUAUGACAGAACCUAUCCGCACUAGUACACUACUUACUCCGAUCGAUGAAACGUCAGCGGAGAACACUAACGACAGCUUGAUCGAGAUGGCUCCAUUCAAUCAGGCAGAGAUACGCGAUAAAGAUCACGUCGAAAUGCGAUCGGUUAACAAUCUUGAGGACGGUGCGAUCAGUGUAUCGGAGGUGGACGGUAGACGCAAGACACGCUCGAGCCAGACACAGUCGUACGACAUACACAAGGGAAUAGCUGCUAGUGCCAUGGACAUUUCGCUGCUGACUGCGAACGCCAACCAGCUGCGUUUGUUGAUGACGUACAACGAGAAGUCACACACGUACAUUGCCUGCAUAGCGUUGGUCAUUACCUCGCUUGUGUUGCAGAUUUUUGUGGCUAGCGGUGUUAUCAUUGUGAAGAGCUACCCAACAUCCAAACCGAACCAUCGGAUCUAUCAGCUGAAGGUGUGCACCUCCAUCAUGGUGUCGAUCAUAACGGUGAUAAACAUCCUAGUGGCGUCGUUGGUUAUUACCGACAAAUAGUGUACAUCCACGUCCAGCAACGUACCAUCCACGUGUCGGAUGGAUUAGCCAUUGUAAACUGCUUAACUAGUAGCACUAACGCCAUUGGCGCUAUUGCUUAAUUGUGAUUCAAUUCCACCCCUAGCUUUAAGGCCACUUCCUUGCGAUAAUUAACGUUCUUUUGCACGCACAGAGCAUCGU